AGCAGAUUGCUGGGCCGUGUCCACGGGACAACAGUACGGCCCAUACGGAUAAUCAUAACAAUCAAUACCGCUAUACCAAAUAAGGACUAGCUCCCUGACAUUUCAAUUCCACCGCCUGCGGCUGUGCGUCUUCCGAUGAUGAUCUGUGAGUGACGGACUCUGGGGCAAUCCAAUGCCUCUGGCUUGUUUCGGGCCUGUUUGAACACUGAUCGAUUCUAAUUCUGGUUGUGCUCGGACCUUCUCUUUUCUUGUAGAGGAGAUCCACACGAUCUGUUAUCAUGGCGGAUCCCACCGACCUGAAUCUCGAUGCUCCGAGUGAUCUUCAAGAUAUCCCGGAGAUGUCAAUGCAACUCCUUCCACCUCCAGAAGGAACAUUCCCUGACAAAGCGUCUCUUCUAGCAGCAGUGCAGGCCCACGGAAAAGCGCACGGGUACAAUGUUGUAGUCAAGUCCUCCAGUACCCCCACCGAAAAGAAACCGGGGCGAACUGCCAAGGUAUGGCUCCGAUGCGAUCGGGGCGGACACUAUCGUCCGCGCAACGGCCUCACCGAGGAGACGAGGAAACGGCGACGAACGUCGCGGUUGAUGGAUUGUCCUUUCAUGCUAGUCGCAGCUGGAACUCCUGGCAUUUGGACGCUGACUGUUCUGAAUGCCACACAUAACCAUGGCCCAGUUAUUGAGAAGCCUCGGCAAGUUCCUCAUCACAAGGUUCGAAAGGGCCAAGUUGCAGCAAUACCAUAUGAUUGGCCGCAUGACGCGACUCUAACACCAUAUACGACUGCGUUAGUGAUUAUCGAUAUGCAAAAGGAUUUCUGCUCGCCAGGCGGAUACAUGGAAUACCAAGGCUAUGAUAUAUCAGCUGCUCAAGCACUUGUCCCUAAGCUACAGCAUGUUCUGAAUACAUUCCGAUCGUCUGGAUUUCCUGUGUACCAUACACGUGAAGGUCAUCGGCCAGACCUAUCGACCCUUUCGAGCAGAGAGGCGUACCGUUCACGAAAUAACGCUUCUGGGCUUGGGAUUGGGUCCCAGGGUCCACUGGGCCGUCUUCUGAUCCGGGGCGAGGUUGGCCACGACACCAUCGAUGAGCUAUAUCCGAUCCCUGGGGAACCAGUCAUCGAUAAACCAGGCCGGGGGGCUUUUGCUCACACUGAUUUCGAACUUCUUCUCCGGAAUAAAGGCAUCAAGAACCUCAUUAUUGCAGGAGUAACGACCGAUGUGUGUGUAUCUACCACUAUGCGCGAGGCAAAUGACCGAGGGUUCGAUUGCGUAAUCUUAGAAGACGGCACGGCGGCGAGUGAGCCUGGUCUUCAUAUGAGCACGAUUGAAUCGAUCAAGAUGGAAGGUGGAAUCUUCGGGGCGGUAGCCAAAGUGGACGAUGUAGUCCAUGCCGUGGAGAACUUUAAAAAUGCCACUGUGAAGAAACUGGCUCCUCAGAUGACAGUUUGACGAUUAGUUGGUUGGGCGUUAUGAAGUCUUUUUGAGCGUGUUUUUCUUUCCUCCGUUUUCAAGCCUUGGGAUUAUCUUGCGAAUACUUUUGCAAUUGUUUCAUAUGUUAGCAACCAUGCAACUACUAAACACAGACACUAGAUAUCGGUGCUGUGGUUUCGAAUGACCAAUGAACACACUCGAUACGCGGUUCAUACUUGCAGUAAGACUAAGCCCACUGCAUAGUAGCACACUAGCAUGCAGCUAACACUG